GCCAAACAUAAAAGCAGCACCAAAAAAUUUCCCAAAUUUCUUUAACCUUUUUCUUUUUUGCUAAUCCGAGAAGCUUCUUCCUCUGAAACCAUCGAAGACGAAUCCACAUGACUUCUUCUCCGACGCUUCAAGGUUACCGGAAAGUAUAAUUCAAUCGGUUUUUUUGCUGUUUAAUUGUCACUCUCCGGCGAGAAAAACUUGGUUUCCUGUGAUUGUGUGUGUUUAAAGUUGGAUUUGCUAUGGGAACUGUGGUUGGAACUGUUGAGGACUGCAGGGAGAUGUUUGAAGGCAGUGCUCAGACAAGGAUCACACCCUUUUCUUCAUCAAAUCAGAUUGGAAAUCCUGUUGCCUAUAAGCUUGUCCGGGUUUCAGGAGAUGGGAGACUAGUGCCUGCAACCGAUGAAGAAAUUUUGGAGGUCAAUGACGCGGAUAUGCAUAUUGUAUCAGAUGCUUGUCAGACUGUAGACUACCUUGCAACCGAUGAAGAAAAUUUGGAGGUCAGUCAGAAAAAUAUGCAUAUUGCAUCAGAUGCUUGUCAGACUGUAGGCUACCUAGCAACCGAUGAAGAAAAUUUGGAGGCCAAUGAGACAAAUAUGCAUAUUGCAUCAGAUGCUUGUCAGACUGUAGGCUACCUAGCAACCGAUGAAGAAAAUUUGGAGGCCAAUGAGACAAAUAUGCAUAUUGCAUCAGAUUCUUGUGAGACUGUAUGCUACCUUUCAGCUGAAGGGAUGCCUUCUGGGUUGUCCCAGUUUGAAAAUUCAGAAGCUAUGAAUUCAGGGUUAUUGCAGUCUGAUAAUGUGCCACCGUAUAUAGACCAGUAUAAUGGGGAGAUGCUGCAAAAGGUCGAACAGGAUGAGAGGCUUGGCAAUGUACAUGGAUCUCAGAUGCCUUCUACCCCUUCAGAUGCUAACAUCCAGUGUUCUAAUGAAGACACAUUUAAUAAGGAGGAUCAAGUCCACCAUGUAGCCUUGUUGCAAGAACCCAUUUCUUUAUCAUCGAAUGUUGAGAAUGAAUGCAAUAUGAAUCAACCUGAUAUGAUUGAACCAUGCUCAAAUGCAGCAGCUAGUCCCAAAGAAACUGCAUUGUCUGUAACUGCUCAAAAACCUGAUUUUUCUAGAGUUAGAGGCGAUAUCUGCUUAGACAAUUUACCGAUCAAAGCACUUCAAGAAACAUUCAGGGCAACGUUUGGCCGUGAGACAACUGUUAAGGACAAGACUUGGCUCAAAAGGAGGAUUGCAAUGGGACUUAUUAAUUCUUGUGAUGUACCAGCAACUAACUUGACAAUAAAAGAUAACAAGUUAGUUGGGAAUCAAGAGAAGUCCAAUGUUAUGACUAAUGUCAUUAGCAAGGAUAUGGGUGAUGAUGUAAGAGCUGCUAAACCGAAAGAUGCGCCAUCGAGUAUUGAUCAUGUGAAUGCUUCUGACCACUAUUAUGCUAGUGAGGAUUAUUCCAGUGAACAGAGGGCUGCAAAACGAGUUAGGAAGCCUACACGAAGAUACAUUGAAGAACUAUCUGAAACAGAUGAAAAACAGCAAAAUGACAAGUCAAUGAUUCCAUCAAAGGAUCAGAGGUUAUCCGAAAAACCUGAGGUCAGGUCUAUCAGUGUCUCCUCAGGGAAGAGAGUUGCUGUCACCAGGAUGGUAUCUCUUGCUGGAUCUGAAAUUGAGGUUCCAUAUGUUUCUCAUGUCCGAAGAAGCCGUCCAAGAGAGAACAUUAUGGCUCUUAUGGAUUGUCAUUCCAGUUGUUUGGAAAAUAGAGCUAGUCCAGCAGAGAGUAACUUCAGUUUGACCCCAUCUCAGUUAAACAAUGAGGUUGUGAAGCAAGAUUUGGUGGUAAAGUCUGCUUCCCGACCGGUCCAAAAAGAGGUUGCUACAAGUCACAAGAACAACGAGGAGCCUAUUCUGAGUGAGGUUGAUCAAGACACAGAGCCAGAGCACAUAGACUCCUCUGGAAAUAGCUCGGAUGACAAUAAUAACAUGGACGUGACAAUCAUGCAAGGUGGUGCACUUAGAAGGAAGCACCAUCGAGCUUGGACUCUGUCUGAAGUUACGAAACUAGUCGAGGGUGUAUCAAAAUAUGGAGCUGGGAAGUGGUCUGAGAUAAAAAAGCAUUCCUUUUCAUCAUAUUCAUAUCGUACCUCUGUAGAUCUCAAGGACAAAUGGCGAAAUCUUCUGAAAGCAAGCUUUGCUCAGAGUCCCUCAAACAGCAUGGGAAGUCUCAAGAAACAUGGGUCUAUGCACAUUCCUAUGCAGAUUCUGUCACGGGUAAGGGAACUCGUGGAAAAGCAAUCUCUGGUUCCACCGGUAAGCAAAGUUGGUGGAGAUAGCAACAGAAGGGAAAGGGAAACAAGAUCCGACAUCUUGUAGCUGAGUUUUUUUUUUUUUGGUUUUUUUUUUUUUGUAAAAUAGCAACCAAAGUAAGGGAGCGACAUAUGUGAGAUAUGAUGACAGUCGUAGACUUGUACUUGUAACUUUCUAAGCAAGCUUUGUGGUUUAUAUAUAAAAGGAAGGUACUAUUAAGUUUA